CUUUUUAGACGGCUCAACCCCUAAACACAGGACAUAUAGGGAGGGACUGACACAGAGCUGCAGAAAGAUAACAAGAGUUGGUUUCAGGAUGCCUGCCUACUCCACCAACAUGAGGCUGAAGUUCCCCAUCCUGGCCUUGAUUUUGGAGAUUAUCACCAUCAUCCUAUAUGCUGUGUUUGUGACCUAUGAUGAUGGGCAUGGCCAUCAUGAUGAUCACCACAAAACCAAUGGCACUGAAAAAUCUCCUUUGGAUCUAUACCCUAUGUUUCAGGAUGUCCAUGUCAUGAUCUUCAUCGGCUUCGGGUUCCUGAUGACAUUCCUCAAGAAAUACGGGUUCAGCAGUGUGGGUGUCAACCUGUUGCUAGCUGCCUUCGGUCUCCAGUGGGGGCUCCUCAUGCAAGGAUUGUGGCACAUGACGGAUGGCAAGAUUAAAAUGAACAUCUUCGGUAUGAUCAAUGCAGAUUUCAGCACAGCUACAGUCCUGAUUUCCUUCGGUGCCGUUCUGGGUAAAACCAGCCCUGUGCAGCUCCUCAUCAUGACCAUCCUGGAGAUCACAAUCUUCUCCAUCAAUGAGCAUCUGGUGGCUAACAUUCUGGGGGCUAAUGAUGUUGGAGCGUCAAUGAUCAUCCAUGCUUUUGGUGCUUACUUUGGCUUGGCAGUAGCUCGCGUUCUUUAUCGACCUGGUUUGAGUAACGGACAUGAGAACGAUGGAUCUGUUUAUCACUCUGAUAUGUUUGCAAUGAUUGGAACCGUGUUCUUGUGGAUGUUCUGGCCCAGCUUCAACUCAGCCAUCGCUGAACGGGGUUUCCCUCAGCUCACUGCAGUGAUCAACACCUAUGUCUCUCUGGCUGCCUGUGUGCUUUCUGCCUAUGCUUUCUCCAGCUUGGUGGAGCACAAAGGAAAACUGGACAUGGUACACAUUCAGAAUGCCACUCUGGCUGGAGGUGUUGCAGUGGGAACUUGUGCCGACAUGCAGAUCCAGCCUUUUGGUGCCAUGCUGAUUGGCUUUGUUGCUGGCAUCAUUUCCACCCUGGGCUUCAAAUACCUCUCGCCAGUCUUGGCAUCCAACCUGGGUAUCCAGGACACCUGCGGUGUCCACAACCUGCACGGCAUGCCUGGCAUCCUUGGAGGAUUGGCUGGCAUUGUUGCUGUGGCUUUGGGAAAAGCGGAAACGGGCUCUGCAGCCAUGCAAGCUGCUGCCCUGGCUUCUUCCCUCGGGUUCGCUCUGAUAGGAGGUGCUAUAACUGGGAUGAUAAUGAAGCUGCCAUUCUGGGGACAGCCUCCAGACCAGAACUGCUUUGAUGACUCUCUUUACUGGGAGGUUCCUAAUGAAGAGGAGGAGAACGAAGGAAGUCUGGCUGCUGCAGAAAACUCAAAGAACAAAGCAGAAGCUUGAAUAGUGGCAUAUUUUCUCUUCUAAUGGAAAAAGCAGACAUGGAGAUGCUGUAGUUUCCAGACAAAUUAGUAUAGAAAAAAAA